AUGAUUGUCCGGCAACUUGGUGUACGGCAGAGCCGCCAAUUGCUGGCGCUCAAUCGCCGCGCUCCGGUUUACAGUCGCUUCUUGUCCACCGAAACACCAGUUGAUACAGCCACUCAGGUUCCUUCACAGGUUCCAAUUGAGCCAGGCUCUACAAGUGUUGCGGAUGCCUCGCAGAAGCCACUCAAUGCGCGAGGAAAAUGGAUGAAAUGGGAGAACUCAAAGUCAAAAUUCAACUCUCUCGGAUCCCUUUCAAAUGACACCUACGACCCAGAAAAUGUCAUCAAAAACCCUCCCUCCGCAUCCGAAAUCACUCUCGAGCUCCUCCUCGCCUCAGGAACACACCUCGGCCACUCAACAUCGCGCUGGAAUCCCCAAAACUCAAAAUACAUUUUUGGUAUCCGUGAAGGAAUCCACAUAAUCUCCCUCGACAUAACAGCCGCCUACCUCCGCCGCGCCGCAAAGGUAGUCGAAGAAGUCGCCGCCCGCGGCGGCAUAAUCCUCUUCGCAGGCACCCGCAAGGGCCAAAAGCGAUCUGUCGUUGGAGCCGCAGCUCGCGCACGGGGAUAUCACAUUUUCGAGCGUUGGAUUCCAGGCUCUCUUACGAAUGGACAGCAGAUUCUCGGCCACUGCGAAACAAAGGUUGUUAAUGCUUUGGAUGAUGAGUUGACUGAUUUCAAGCAAGAUUUGGCGGAUAGACCAUCUGUCAAGCCUGAUUUGGUUGUUGUGCUUAAUCCGGUUGAGAAUGUUGUGCUGUUGCAUGAGUGUGGGCUGAAUAAUGUGCCUACUAUUGGAAUUUGUGAUACGGAUGCUGAUCCGACGAGGUUGACAUAUCCUAUUCCGAGUAAUGAUGAUAGUUUGCGCGCGACGAAUCUUAUUGCGGGUGUUCUUGGGAGAGCGGGUGAGAAGGGUCAGGAGAGGAGGUUGAAGAGUGCUAAGGAAGGGAAGUUGACUUAUCAGCCUAUUACUAGGUUUGAGUUGAAGGUUGAUCCUUUCACUGGUCUUAUGCCGCCUGGAUCAGAGACCAAAAAGGAUUAA